GGCGUGUCGGGGAGCAGCGGUCUCGCUCGGCCGGCGCGGUCUGGGCGUUUCGGUCCGUCCCUGCAGCCGCAGCAGCCGCCGGGCAAGAUGAUCACGUUCCUGCUCCUGCUCCUCCUUCUUCUCCCCCUUUUCCUGUACAUCGCUGCACCCCAAAUCAGGAAAAUACUGUCUAGGGGUGUGUGUACAUCAACUGUCCAACUUCCUGGGAAGGUAGCUGUGGUCACUGGAGCCAACACAGGCAUUGGAAAGGAGACAGCAAAAGAGCUGGCUCAAAGAGGAGCCCGUGUAUAUUUAGCAUGCCGGGAUGUGCUAAAGGGGGAACUGGUGGCCCGAGAGAUCCAGACCAUGACAGGGAACAAACAGGUCUUAGUGCGGAAACUGGACUUGGCUGAUACGAAAUCUAUUAGAGCCUUUGCUAAAGGCUUCUUAGCAGAGGAAAAGCAUCUUCACAUUUUGAUCAACAAUGCAGGAGUGAUGAUGUGUCCCUACACUAAGACAGUAGAUGGCUUUGAGAUGCACAUGGGUGUCAACCACUUGGGUCACUUCCUCUUGACCCACCUGCUGCUAGAGAAGCUGAAGGAGUCAGCCCCAUCAAGGAUAGUGAAUGUGUCUUCCCUAGCACAUCACCUGGGAAGGAUCCACUUCCAUGACCUACAGGGCGAGAAAUUCUAUAAUUCAGGUCUGGCCUACUGUCACAGCAAGUUAGCCAACAUUCUCUUCACCCAAGAACUGGCUCGGAGGCUCAAAGGCUCUGGCAUUACAGCGUACUCUGUACACCCUGGCACAGUCAAAUCUGAACUGGUUCGGCACUCACCUUUCAUGAAAUGGAUGUGGUGGCUUUUCUCCUUCUUCAUCAAGACCCCUCAACAGGGAGCGCAGACCAGCCUGUAUUGUGCCAUCACGGAAGGUCUUGAGGUUCUAAGUGGGCAUCAUUUCAGUGACUGCAGUGUGGCAUGGGUCUCUGCCCAGGCUCGGAAUGAGACAAUAGCAAGGCGGCUAUGGGAUGUCAGCUGUGACCUGCUGGGCAUCCCUAUAGACUGACAGGUGGUAGCAGUUGGGCUCAGGAGGAACAUGCAGCAGACUACUGAGCACUCCCUGCCAAAAUGAUUCUCCUUCAUGAGGGCCAAAACCUUGAGCACAAAGAGAACAAACUUUUUAUCCCUGCCUGCUCGAUGUCUGAGAAAAGCCCAGUGGACACUGCCAGAUUCAUCAAAACACCUUACAUUAGUUCAGAUUUACUUUACUCUUAUUACUGCCAGAGUUACAAGGGAUAUCAUAGGAUAAGAUCCUCAUAUGACCUGCAAACUCAUACUCGCCUCCUGAAACCUACCACCUAGGAGAAUCUUAGCUAUGGCAGGGUCAAUUUAUGGCAGUUUGGACUACUUUCUAUCCUCCUGACCACUGACCAACCUUCAUUUCAAGAGGUCCACACUGCAGCCCCAGGUGAACUCCGAGAGUCAACAGUGGCUUGGCUCAAGAACAGCCAAGGUGAGGACUCAUCCCUCAUCUAUUGAGAAAACCACCAUAUGCCAACAUCUAGAUUCUUUCAGGAAACUCGUAACUGAAUCUGGAUUAUGGCAUGGCUUUAUCUCUGACAACCUAAAGCCACUGCUGUUAAGACACUUUUACAUGUCUAGAUCACAGGAGAGCUUCCUUUUCUAAGAAGUUUGUGGAAUUGGAAGGAUGGCAGAAAUUUGGGGGAAGGCAGAAAUAAAAAUCAAGUUUAAACUGUAAUUUUCCUGUUUCUCAGGCCAGCAAGUGGGUAAAGAAAGGAGUAGUAUGGGAAGAUAGACCACCUACCUGAUUUCAGUUUACUGACCCCAGACCCAUGGAGGCCUUUUUGUGCCUUAGUUUCUCUUAGAUAAUCAGAAGAAGGGAAAGGCUAUUUGGUGAUUGACACUGUGUAUAUCUUUGUGUGUUCUUAUGUAGUUAGGGAGUUGGGAUUAUUUUCACAAAAUUCAAAAUAGCCACAAAGGAACUGUAUUAAACUGGACUCAGUGCAGGUAAGUGUUCAAAGAUGGAGUAAACAGUGACAUCCAAUCUUUAAUGGAAAUGGGUAAAGCUGCAAAGGGAAGCAUAUUCUGUGUAUGUGGAUAACUACUCAACAAGAAGCGCAUGGGUAGCAGGGAAGAAGUCCAAAAAAGAGAAGAAUCCCGGAUUCUUCUGGAAUGCAGUGAAAGGACUAGUUAAGGACUCAAAAAGCAAAGACACAGCUAAAGAUGGGUAUAUGUAACUAUGGAAGAAUUGAGGGUGAGCACUCCAGUUAGCAAGACUCAUACUGCUCUGUCUUAAUAAGCACCAGUCAAUCAAUGUGGCAGAAAAAGAUCCAAAGCAAAACAAUUCUUUAUUUGGUAAAAUUAUCCUAAGGAGUGAUAUGAGUAAUUUUACAGUCAAUUUCAUAAUCUUCAGAGCAUUUCCGUACGUUACAUUGACAAGAUUUAAAUGUCUAUUUGGUAAAAAAAUAUACAUUUAAUUUGGAGAACUUUUAUCAAAGGUCAUGCUGCCAAAGGAAAUUGGAGGAAUCCAGAAUGUUCCCAUCACUUGCUUGGAGUAUGUUAUUCUAGUAGUUUGUGAUUUUUUUCCAUGGACUGACAAUUAGAUAUUCACUUUGGUGGGAAAAAGUUAUAAGAUCACAGUCUUCUCAUAUUUGUGAAUGAACAUUCUCUUGUAGAACUUGUUUGGACUAUUAAGGUAUAUAUUUAGAAAUGGUAAAAAAAAAAAAAAAAGUGGUUUUAUGGAAAAAUUGGAAAAUUUUAAGAAGUUAAUAUUUUACUUAAUUUAUGUUGAACCGUCAAUGACAAAAAUUUUUUGAUUAUGUUAUUUGCCAAAAUAAAAACUGUAAGAAUUAAA